AAGAUCUAGCUUCAUGACGACGGGCGUGGUCGGCGGGCCGAAUAAGCGAGGGUCGCUGAUAUUAGCAGGGGCACAACACCAUCAAUCGGUUUCCAUGCGACGAAACACCAGCGAUCUGAUUGGCAACGGGGUCAUUUUAGGCCUGGAAAACAUCGGCUCAACAUCUGCGAUGGGAGGUGGAGCUAUUCACAGUGGUUCCGCGGCGGGUGCGGAUAAUGUUGGUCACUUCUCGUCGACGUCCCAUCAGCCGAAAGAACUCGUUUCUCGGUCCCGGCAAAACUCGUUCUUAGUGACCGCCUCUAUGGCCCCGAACAUCAAGGAAACCGGGACCAUUGGCACGGUGAAAGACACGGUGGUUGCGGAAGACGAGCAGGACAAUUUGACCAGCCAAAGGAGAAGGAGCUCGCUGUCAGUUCCCACUGGAGGGCUGAACUUGAAUCAGCGGCGAGCGUCGCUGGGAGGGGGCGGCGGCGGGGGCAGGAGAGGAAGCACGAGCGGAGCAGGUAAAGAACAAAAUUGAGCCGGUUUCUUCGUUAUUGUUUGCGCACUAUGAACGUCCUGCUGUGUUUCACAUUCAUUUGAGAGGUUGUUGUCCUGUCCACGUAUGAUGUCAAAACCUAUAUUUCAGGUACUACCGGCCUGAGCCGCACAGCAGCUGCAAGCAAAGCGCGCAAAAAGGAGAAGGAUCCGCAGCGGAGCCGGAAGGAGAACCCGUUUUCGCAGCUCUUCAAAGAGGCUGAGUCAAAUGAGGAGGACGCAAUUCCGUUUUUCACCAACGAUCCUCUUAGCACUUUGCUGCUAUCUACAACUUCCUCCGCUGCAACAGGGUCGGUUGAUGACGAAGACGAUUUGAGGGAUGGUGGAACUGCGACGUUUUUAGAAGGGUUAGACGACGACAAAGUUGGUCAUUUUCCGACGAAAACUGAUUCAACGUCGUCUACUGCAGGGAAAAAUGAAGAGCCAAAUGGUGCUGACAAGAAGCGGCCCGCAGCUGAG